AUGUCUGCCGUGUCGGAAUUUGAAUCGAUUCUCCAAGAAUUGCCCACCAUCAAGGCCCCUGGUGUAUCCGGGUCUCGUAUCAAAAAGCUUACUGAUAUUGCUGUCAAGAAUGUUGCUGACGAGUCUCAACUUGUCUCUGCUUUGUACAACAGCUGCAAGGCCACUCCUUCUUCCCAUAAGUUGGGUGCCUUGUAUGUCGUGGACUCCAUCGUUAGAGUCUACAAGGAGGAGGCCAAGAAGAAGGGCGAAACCAUUGAUUCCUCUGCUCCUGAAGGCACUUUUGCUAGUGGUGUGUUCAAGAUCAGUGAAUUGAUUGAGUCCAUUAUGGACGAUGCCAUGCUGUUGCUGGUUGUUCCUGCCACUGACGUUAAGAUCUCCAAGCUUGUUGAUAUUUGGGAACGUGCCCAGACUUUUUCUCCUGCUACUUUGGCAGCUAUUAGAGACAAGCACUUCCGUUCGACUACUCCUCCAGGUAGUCCUCCUAACAAGACUGCUCCUCCUCCACCUCCUGCUGUUUCGGCUCCUCCUGCUUCUGCUCCAGCUGGUGCUGCUGCUCCAGCUAAGGAAGGUGACUCAGGUAGCAUCUUGCUGGCUUUGGCUUCUUUGGCUAAAAAGACAGAGACUCCUACUCCUCCAGCUGUUGCUUCUCCUGGCGCUCAACAGGCUCCUCCAGCCAACAACCAGAAUGCUGCUAACAUCUUGUCUCAGUUAUCUGCUCUUGCUGGCGGUAGCCAGAACAACGGCAACUCUCCUGCUCACCAGAAUCUGAACAUUCGUAGCCCUAGCUACCAGAAUGCUCAGCCUGCCCAGCCAUCUCACCUUCCUCAGCUUCCUAACCUUCCUAACAUUCCACAAGGUCAAGGUCAAGGUCAGGGUCAGGGCCAGCAGAACCAGCAGCUUUUCAGUAUGUUGCAGCAGAUGCAAGGUAACCAAGGCCACUCUCAGCCGCCACCAAACUCUCAGCCUCCAAUGCCAAACGGCUUGCCUCCUGUUCCAGGUAUGCCUCAGAUGCCUCCUCAGGGAUAUGGCGGAUACAACGAUCGUGGCGGAUACCCUCAGCAGCAACAGCAGCAGCAGUUUGAUAGAAGAGGCCGUGAAGAGGCUGGUGGUUACCUGAGAAGAAACCGUUCCAGAUCUCCUCCUAGAGGCCACAAUAACGGUUUCAGUCCUAACGCUCCUCAGGAGAAGUCUCUUUCUCAUGGCUUCUCUCCUUACGAGGGUGAACGUAACAUUCCUGGUUCUCCUCACUACCGUCCUCGUAACGUCGGUUUCGACAACAGUAUCCCACAAGGCUCCUUCAAGGUGAUGUCCAGAACAUUAUUUAUUGGUGGUGUUCCUCGUGGAAUGGACGAAAGAUCGCUCGCUAGUCACUUAAGACCUUACGCCGAGGUUCAGUCUGUUAUUCUUAACAGUGAGAGAAAGCACGCUUUCGUUAAGGUCUACUCUAGAAAAGAAGCUGAAGCUGUUGUUCAAUCUUUUAACAAGGACGGUGCUUUGCCAUUGAGAACCCGUUGGGGUGUUGGUUUUGGCCCAAGAGACUGUUGCAACUAUCAGCACGGUGUUUCCAUUAUUCCUAUGGUUCGUUUGACUGAUGCUGACAAGCAAUGGGUUGUUGAUGCUGAGUGGGGUGGAACUGGUGGCCAGCCUCUUGUUACUGGUAUUGUCAUUGACGAGCCAGAUAUCGAAAUCGGUACUGGUAUUUCCUCCAAGGCCAUGUCUAAGAAGAUGCCUACGAACUCUACAAGAAACGGACCAAAGUCCAACAGACCAGGCGAGUCCGAAGACCAAUACGUCAAGACUGGAAUGGGUGCUCGUCCAGACUUCAACGGUUACGGCAACAACGCAGCCAACCCAUUGUCUGGUUUGUUUGCUAACCUGCCGCCACAAGGGUUCCCUGGCCAGAUGCCAAUGCAACAGCAGGGUGCUCCUCAGCAACAGCCUCCACAAGGAUUCCCACCAAACUUUGGCAACCAGCAGAAUCCUAACUUGGGAGCUCAGCUAGCCAACUUCUUCCAGAACGGAGGCCAGCAGCAACAAUGA